AGGGUCUGCUCCUGGCUCUGGCUCUGGCUGCGCCUCUCUCUGCGGCGGGGCCCUGGCAGCAUUGAUCCAUUGAUUUGCCCGCGGGUCUCUGGCUCGCCUGACCUCCUGGCUCCCGGGGAAGCCGUCUCCAUGGCGACUAGCCCGGCUCCCCCGGCGGCAGACUGUAAAUUCCUGCAGCCAGAGCCGAGCGGCAGAGUCCGGGCGAGGGCGGUGGGAGGGAGGGGAGAAGAAGGAGGAGAAGGAGGCAACUAGGAGGAAGGAAAGAAAGAAAGGAAGAAAGGAAGAGAGGGAGGGAGAGAAAGGGCGUUGCUUGGGUGGACCCUUCCCAGGUCCCCAGCACGAGACCAAACUGGGACGGGCUGGGGUUGCUGCUUGGCCAAAGGGAGCCGCGGGAGGGAGGGAGGGAGGGAAGGAUCAAGGCCACUCGGAGGAGCCCAGGGUCUCCCUCUUGCGUCUUGAGGAGCAGCCGAACAAAAGCCGCACCAACAAACCCGAACCUGAAUCCUCUCCUCCAGGAGCGCACGCGGAGCGGACCUCUCUCUCUGUCUCUCUGUCUCUUGUGCGCCUUCGGAAGAGUUUGCUCCCCUGAGCCUCCGAGGAGACAGACCUUCCGCUCGAGCCUGGGAAUGGGGACCUUGGAGGUGGCGGGGUGGUGCCUGCUCUCCUUUCUCUUCUGCUCCGGAGGCACCAUGGCGAAAGCCAGUCAAGAUAUUGAUGAAUGUGUUGAUGGGACUGACAACUGCCACAUUGACGCCAUCUGCCAGAAUACUCCCAAAUCAUACAAAUGCAUCUGCAAAUCUGGUUACACUGGGGAUGGGAAGCACUGCAAAGAUGUUGAUGAAUGUGAGCGUGAUGAUAAUGCUGGCUGUGUCCAUGAAUGUGUCAACAUCCCAGGGAAUUAUCGAUGUACCUGCUAUGAUGGCUUCCGCCUGGCACAUGAUGGCCACAACUGCCUUGAUGUGGAUGAGUGUGCAGAAGGGAACGGUGGCUGCCAGCAGACCUGUGUCAACAUGAUGGGAAGCUACGAGUGCCACUGCCGGGAUGGCUUUUUCUUAAGUGACAACCAGCACACCUGUAUCCAGCGCCCAGAAGAAGGAAUGAACUGCAUGAACAAGAACCAUGGUUGUGCUCACAUCUGCCGGGAGACCCCAAAAGGUGGCAUUGCCUGUGAAUGCCGACCUGGCUUUGAGCUCACAAAGAAUCAACGUGAUUGCAAACUGACCUGCAACUAUGGUAAUGGAGGAUGCCAGCACACUUGUGAUGAUACAGACCAAGGGCCAAAGUGUGGUUGCCAUGUGAAGUUUGUACUACACUCUGAUGGGAAGACAUGCAUAGGGGAAAGGCACCUCCAGCAGCACGUUACCCCCCAGACGUUUUCUAAUGAGACCUGUGCCGUCAACAAUGGAGGCUGUGACAGCAAGUGUCAUGACGCUGCCACUGGUGUGCAUUGCAGCUGCCCCAUGGGAUUCAUGCUUCAGCCUGACAGAAAAACAUGCAAAGAUAUUGAUGAAUGUAGAUUGAACAAUGGCGGCUGUGACCACAUCUGCAGGAACACAGUGGGCAGUUUUGAAUGCAGUUGUAAGAAGGGAUAUAAGCUGUUGAUCAAUGAAAGGACCUGUCAAGAUAUCGAUGAAUGCUCCUUUGACAGAACCUGUGACCACAUCUGUGUAAACACACCAGGGAGCUUCCAGUGCCUGUGUCACAAAGGCUACACGCUGUACGGACUCACCCACUGCGGAGAUAUUGAUGAAUGUAGCAUCAACCGAGGAGGCUGCAAGUUUGGCUGUAUAAACACUCCUGGCAGUUAUGAGUGUACAUGUCCUGCUGGGUGCAAACUCCAUUGGAAUAAAAAAGAUUGUAUAGAGAUGGUGAUAUGCUUGGCCAGUGCAAUACCACCACGAGCCACAUUGUCCUGCAACAAGAAUGGAAAGAGGGAUAGCUGCUCUCUCACCUGUGCCUCCAAGGCUCGCUUUCUUCCGGAGUCUGACAACAGCUAUACAGUUAGCUGUGGGACCCCAAUCUGGCGGCAGGGACCUCCACCCAGGUCCAGUAAUGGCAGCUAUCCCUGUGUUGAGACUGUCACUACUCCAAUCAAACAAAAGGCUUCCUUCAAAAUCAAGGAUGCUAAGUGCCAUUUGCAUCCGCGCAUGAAAGGCAAGCAGGAGGAGAUGGUCAGGAAUGCUGCUCUAGGUGGGCCAGCUUCUUGCUCCGAUUGCCAGGUGACUUUUGUGAACCUAAAGUGUGACUCAUCAAAGAAAGGCAAAGGGCGCAGGGCUCGAAACUCUCCCAACAAGGAGGUGACACGCAUUACAUUGGAGUUUGAAGCUGAAAUCAAACCUGAAGAGAUCACAGCCAGCUGCAAUCUGAAUUGUGUGAGGCAGAAGGUGGAGAAAAAACUGAAAUCAGCCAUCAAAGCCCUGAAGAAAUCCAUAAACCAGGAACGGUUCCUGAUCCGCUUUUCAGGAAUGGAAUACGAGGUGGCACGAAAGCUGAGCAUGACUCCUGAAAGGCAGGAGAACUGUGGUCCAGGGCAACAGAGACUGGGACCCAAGUGUGUUAGCUGCCUGCAAGGAACAUAUUACCAUGGCCAGAUGGAGCAGUGCGUCCCUUGUCCUCCAGGGACCUACCAGGAGAAAGAAGGCCAGCUCUCUUGUGAUCUUUGCCCGGGAAGUGAUGCUUAUGGGCCAGCUGGAGCAACAAAUAUAAGCACCUGUGCAGGUCAGUGUCCCCCUGGCCAGUACUCUGUGGAUGGUUUCAAACCCUGCCAGCCAUGUCCACGUGGGACCUACCAGCCUGAAGCUGGCCGAGCCUUGUGUUUCCAUUGCGGUGGAGGAUUGAAUACCAGGCAUGAUGGAGCCUUUUCCUUCCAAGACUGUGAUACAAAAGUUCAAUGUUCCCCGGGCCAUUAUUAUAACACCACUGUCCAUCGCUGCAUCCGCUGUGCUAUAGGCACCUACCAGCCAGACUUUCGUCAGAACUACUGCAUCACAUGUCCUGGAAAUACCACCACAGAUUUUGAUGGCUCAACCUCUGUGUCACAAUGCAAAAACCGUCAGUGUGGAGGGGAGCUGGGCGAGUACACUGGUUAUAUUGAGUCUCCAAAUUACCCUGGAAACUAUCCUGCAAAUGUGGAAUGCACUUGGAAUAUCAAUCCUCCUCCAAAGCGCAAGAUCCUUAUUGUGGUGCCUGAAAUUUUCCUGCCAUCUGAGGAUGAAUGUGGGGAUGUCCUAGUUAUGCGGAAAAACUCCUCUCCUUCCUCAAUCACAACCUACGAGACGUGCCAAACCUAUGAAAGGCCCAUAGCCUUCACUGCCAGGUCCCGAAAGCUGUGGAUCAACUUUAAAACUAGCGAAGCCAACAGUGCUAGAGGUUUCCAGAUUCCAUAUGUUACUUAUGAUGAAGAUUAUGAACAGCUGGUGGAGGACAUUGUUCGAGAUGGCAGGUUAUAUGCUUCUGAAAACCACCAAGAAAUCCUCAAGGACAAGAAGCUGAUCAAAGCAUUCUUUGAUGUGCUGGCUCACCCACAGAAUUACUUCAAAUACACAGAGAAACACAAGGAGAUGCUGCCACGCUCCUUCAUCAAACUCCUCCGCUCCAAAGUUUCCAGCUUUCUGAGACCUUACAAAUAGCCCCUUGGCAUUUGCACCAGCCUUCUAGGCCCCUCGACAGCCAAGAAAACUUAUUUUCUAACACUUAUUCUUGUUUUUCCAGUGACUUUUUCUACAAAUACACUCCUGAUCCUGUCUGUCAAUAUGCAGAAGUCUCUAACCAUUGGUCUUUCCUUGGCUUUUCUUCAGCCCCAAUUCACUGUUCACAUUAUCCACCGAAGGAGCAACUACCAGCCACGAGGAACUUAAUCCCAUCCCGUGUGCUUUCCCUACUGGAAUCUCAGCCGAUGGGGAUCACACGUCCUAGUAAGUGAGGCUCUCUCACAGGUGGCCUUUACUGGGACCUGUCACUCCAGGCAUAUCUCAACCUUCUCCCAUAUACACAAAAAAUGUGCAGCCCUUUGAGCUGCAGGACAGUUAUCAAAGAGGCUGUCGAGGCACCUCUCUGUAUGACUGUUUCUAGAAAGCAGAAACAUCCCUGACAUCAUGACAUGCCUCCGUUUCUGGGACACAGGUGAAAUGAGGGACUUUGAGAAGCUGCUAAGCGAUGGAGGUGGUCCAGCUGAACUCUCUUGUGAAGAACUGAGGACAAAGGAUGUCCAGAAUGCAGAAGGUUAUGCCUUAUUUAAGACUGUUGUGCUUUUAAAGAAGAAGAAAUACAUCAAGCACAGUCUUGCAGAGAGGAUAUAAAUAUAUAUAAAAUUUUGGCAAGAUCGUUCAGAAGGAAAAAGAGAGAGAGAUGGCAAGUAUGAAAGAAAAUGGCCCAUGUUUGUGUGACGGCAAGUUUAGUGACUACAAGGCCAUCAUUUCAUGGUGGAGUCUGACUUUUGUGUUUGAAGAAAGCAUGGCCUAGCCACGUUCUCUUACGGAAUGAUGUCUGGAAAAGGGGGAAGAAAAACUUGGUGAAAAGCAAGACUGUCCAAUGUGAUUUUUCCCCCAUGGACACUUGUGACAUGAGUUCAGACUUCUUGCAAUCUCUGCCAAAGAGUAACUCGGUGAUGACAAAAGAGUAAGCAGUGUGAAGGGCAGGAGUGAGUGAAUGUUUGUGCACUAGGAUAUUCUCCUUUCUACCUUUUUCAUAUUAUUAAGUGCAAUCAUUUUGAGUUGUCUUUAUAUUAUUUAGAGGGAUUUUUUUCUACUAGAAACUGCAAUAUUUAUACCUGCCUGAGAAAAGAGAAUGUGUGUGAGUGAGCGCGCAUGUGUUAUAAUGAAACAGCAAAGAAUACAGACAAGGAGUUGGUGAAAUGAUGACUAAAUGUGACUUAAGUUUUCAGCUCUUGAAAUCUUUUGAUUUCUUCAACCACAGUAACUAAAUCCCAGUUUAAACCCUAAAGAGCAAACUCAAUCAUCCUGUUAACUAGUCAAGGUUCAGGACAUAAGCUGACUGGAAAUGAUGUUUUGGUCACAAGUAGCUUUCAAGAAUUGGUCAAGAAUCUGUUCUCAUAUCAAACCAUCCCAUCAUGCUGAACAAAUUUUCUUGAUAGAGAUAGGGAAGUUUUGAUAGUAUUCAGAUUUGAGGUCCCUUUUUGAAUGUUUCAGGAGUCUCUGAUUUCUAAAAUAAGAGAUCUUGAGGCUCCGGUACCUUGGGAAAUCCACCCAAAGGUUAUUUUUCUUAAACCCUGAUUGUCAGUGAAGAGGGAAAGGUUUUAUGCACCUUCUCCAAGGCAAACUCAUCUUUGCAUGUUCUGUGGUGGACACCCACGAAUGAAUAGGGCUUUGAAGUCCUUGCUAAUGUUAGCCCUGAACAACAUGUCUUUGUAUCAGUUUAAGAUUUCCAUGUAGGAUCUUACCUGUCAGUCGCUUUAUCCUUUCAAGUGCAAAUACUAGUGGGGAAUUUCAAACUUACACUGGUGUAAUUGAUGCCUUUUCUGAGCCAUGACCUGAAACUAGGAAUCCAAAUUGUCACCAGACCCUCUUGGACAGGAUAAUCUCCAUUUGCUGACACUGGUGCUUUUCUUCAUUAAUAUUAUUAGCUUGCUAUUUCUCCCAUCUAAACCUUGAUCCAUAGUAUAACUAAAGAUACUGGAAUUGUUUCAGUAAUAAAGUAGAAUUGUUUCCAAAGUAAAUAAAAUGCAGCAGACUUCACCAUAAUAGCUAAUACAACAUUUGGCAACAAUCUCAUCAGAUGGAGAUUUCCCUCUUCAAUAUGUAUUUAUUAUAGGAUUUGAGAGAUACCUAUCUUUAUUGAGAGGACAAUAAAAAGGCAGAAGGUCAAACAGAAGCCAACCUUGAAAAUAAAAUGCAAGUUGAAUUUGGCUCUAAAAUUCUCCCAAAAUUCUGGCUAGAUCUCUUGUUCUCAUUCUGUCAUAAUCAGAUGUGGAAAUUCCAAAAGGUUUAAAAAGCUGAAAAUACUUUCUGAACAUAGGAAAUAUAACAAUGUUUAAACAGCAAAGCCAAAAUAUUUAUAACUGCAUUGGGAGGUGUACCACAGUCCAUUAUCUCCUGCCAAAAAAAAAUGAUGAAAAAGGUGUAGUCCAUAACGUUAUUUGCACUUGUUAAAAGAAAUUGUAUCUGAACUUGUAAAAAGAAAAGUUUGCAUUUUGUAUUGUCUUUUUUAAUUAUUAAAUGGAAUUUCUUGGU